AUGCCCGCCCCGACGCCGUUUGCUACCCCUCACUCCCAGAUGUAUCCCGCUCUCUACCUCUACCCCCUCAAUGAGUCGUUUGUCCCCAAACACAUCUCCCUGGUUGGUGGCCAACGCGUGAAAAUUGGACGUCAAACCAAUGCAAAGACUGUCCCUGGCGAACGAAACGGUUAUUUCGACUCCAAAGUCCUCAGUAGGCAGCAUGCGGAGAUCUGGGAAGAGACAGGCAAGAUAUUCAUCAAGGACGUCAAGAGCUCAAAUGGGACCUUCAUAAACGGUGAACGGCUUAGCCCGGAGGGUAUGGAGUCUGAUCCUUGGGAACUGAAAAGCGAUGAUAUCGUGGAAUUCGGUAUCGACAUCGUCGGCGACGACAACAAGAUCCUCCACUACAAGGUCGCCGCCAGGGUUUUCUGCAUAUUCAACGAGCAAGAUUUGCAGAUUGCCCACCGCUCCGAACAGCAUCAACAGCAGCAGCACCAUCAACAGGCCUUGCAACCCCACGGCGCUCCGCCUUCACUCCAAGCCGGCCCAUCCUCAUCCACUAUCAACAACUCAUCCUUUAAUUUCGGCGCUAAUAACGGCAGCGGACCACCACGGCGCACCUCGUCGGGCAUGCAGCCGGGAAUCACUGGCAUGGGUGGAAUGGGUGGAGGCAUGCGAGCGCCGGGGAAGAGCGGCCUUACGUUCGAGCACAUCCUCAACCGGCUCCAGGGCGAGCUCCAAAAGAGCCGUGAGACGGGGACGGAGCUGCAGAGCCUCAAUGGGACCAUGAGCGAGGUCCACGAUACACUUGGAGGAUCGCUACCUUCGAAUCUACCUCCAUACCCGCAUACACUACCCCCCGUUCGCCCCCUCCAAACCUCGGAUGUCCCUGCCCGCGAACCAGAACCCGAAGUCCACCCCUCCAUCUCACCAACGGCACUGUCAGAUCUACAAACCCAGCUCCAUGAGACCCAGGCAUCCCUCGCCUCCCAUGUCGACAAGAUCCGUGAACUGGAGGACUUGAGGAAGGAACAGGAAUCCAUCCAACGAGACGUGAGCGAACUACGACACUUCAUCCACUUCAAUCGACAAUCUACCCGGUCGGAACAAUCUGACGACGACGAUGACGACGACGCUCGCAGCAUUGUCACGGUCGUUCCCCACGAGCUUGCGACGGUUGCUGAGGAAGACGAAGAGCAGGAGAAGGAAGCGGAGGUGGGACAGAGUCAAGAAUCAGAGGCGAGCCAGCCUCGUGCCGAGAAGGUUCGGGAUGUAGAAGAGGAGGCUGAGGAUGCAGAAAGGCGUCAGAGGCAAGAAGAGUUAGGCAGACCACGAACCCCCGAGCCCGCCAGUCUUGGCAUGGGCUCCGACCUCUUCACCGAUGCGAAACACCCACCCCAAUACGCACAAUCUGCCGAGCUGCUGGACGCUCUGAACAGUCGGCUUUUACUGCUUUCAAACCAGUUCGAAAGCUUCAUGACGUUGACGACGUCUCUCCAGGCUCAGCACGAUGCGGCUCAAUCUACCAUUCUGAACCUACAAGCAAAAGUUGUCGAGCUAGAGGACAAAGUGAAGACGUCUCAGACCGGACAGGAAGAGGUUAUCUCCGCCUCCAUCUCAGCUGCCACAGCUGUCGUUGCCUCCGCAUUUGCGGCCAGGGACGCCCAAACGCCGGCAAAAUCGGAUACUGAGAACGGGACGCUAGAGCAGUUAAUGACGGACUGGAAGAAGAAUGUAGACGGGCAGUGGAGUAGCAUGCGCGAGGAAUGGUCUGAGGAGCGUGCUCGGUUGGCCAAGGCGAGCGAGGAAUGGGAGACGAAAAUCAAGCAAGUUGACUCGAAGCUUACCGCCCUUACCACCGUGAGCGACCCACCAUUGGCUGCAGGCCCAGAUGAUCAUCAGAACGGAAAUCUACGCCACACCCUUGCUACUCCUCCGAGUCCCCGUAGUCUGUCCUCCGACUCGCGACGUUCAUCAAGAAGGAAGCGCUCAGGAUCAGCACGGGGCCGAACUGGAAAUCGAUCACGAUCGCAGUCGCCUACAGGCACCAAUGGCACGAGCGCAUCGUCAUACGACGGCAUGACGGAUUCGACAAGCGUCACAAGCGUUAGCCAGGCCGGCUGCGACGACGACGUUUUGCGAGCUGACUCCCCUGACUUCGAGUCCGACGAAACGCUUCAUGAUGCGAAGGGCGCGGGAGCUCUGCUGGGUUCGUCCCUCAUCUAUGACGGUUUCGACCGUUUGCUUACCGUAGACGCCGCCGAUAACGCAGUCGCCGCCUCGCAUGCCCCACGAAAACGAGCCGCUCCAAUACAAUAUAUUCAUACGCAUCCAAUUCCGUCGACGGCCUUUGGCGUACUACUAAUAGGCGUCGCUGCGGCAGUCCUGUGGAAAGUCAAGGAGUGA